AUGCCUCGAGCUGCCAAGUCACGACAAAACACCCUUGAAUCCGUACCCGAGCUUCCCCCUGCCGUGCCCGAAAAAGAGAACGACAACGAGCCCGUAAAGGGUCUAUCUGGUGACCUCCCUACUCUCAACUAUCCACCCCCACCCCCGCCGCCACAGAAGUCGCAGACGUUCAUGGCCACGUCAACAGUCGAGAAGCCUCCUGUCACACGCAAAGUCUCGAGUCCAUUUGCUUGGUUCUCGCGAGCUCGGAAAGCUACAUCUCCAUCUCGCCCAACGAGUCCACGAAGAAACACUGCUUCGUCUUUGCAGAGUCUGACAACGAAUCCUGACUCGAAUGACGAUGGUUCCCAUCAACCAACUCUGAAAGACCGCUUCCACAUCUUGCGACUACAAGGCGAAUCAGCCAUAUCAGCUGACGAGAAUCUGGCUCUACCCCAGGGCCGCCAUGGUCGCGCUGGAAGUUUACAGGGUCCCACCAAGGAGGACGGCGGACAACUGAGCCCUCCUUUCACACCUCGAGCAAACUCUUUUUCCGCAAUUUCAUCGCCCACCACCAAACUUCCUCCUGGUACCGUGGCAGGUGAUGCUGCUGGACCUUCCGAAGAACAAACUGAGGUCAACUGGGAUCUCUGGCAAUCUGUUGUAUAUGAAGGCCCCUCUGCGGUCGCGCGAACAAGCGGUGACGAACUUAUUCGUGCUAUCGCGAAUGGCAUUCCCCAACCCAUCCGUGGUGUCGUCUGGCAAGUUAUGGCGGAGAGCAAAAAUGAUGAGCUGGAGCAGGUCUAUCGAGAGUUGGUUGCUAGAGGCACCGACAAGGAAGUCACUCAGCCACCUGCUGUUCGUCGUAUCAGUAGCACUGGUGAGAAGGAGUCGAUCGCUUCUUCUGCGUCUUCAGUGCAUUCUGAUGUUUCUGCAACCCCUCAGGUGAACGGCAAUGACUCCAUCGCGUCGCCGGAGAGAAAGCGCAUGUCGAAAGAUGAAACUGCUGCACUGCAGAAACUUGAGAAAACCAUCAGACGCGAUCUCGGAGCACGAACAGCCUACUCAAAAUACAUUGCCAGUGCAGGUCUACAAGACGGUUUGUUUGGCAUCUGCAAAGCAUAUGCUCUAUAUGACGAGCCCGUUGGCUACGCUCAGGGCAUGAACUUUAUUGCUAUGCCUCUGCUCUUCAACAUGCCCGAGGAGGAAGCCUUCACCUUGUUUGUUCGACUCAUGUCAAAAUACAACCUUCGCUCUCUGUUCACUGCAGAAAUGACCGGUCUACACAUGCACCUCUACCUUUUCGAGCGCUUGCUCGAAGAUUACGAACCAGCACUAUACUGCCAUCUUCGCAGACGAUGCGUGCCUCCAAAUCUGUACGCCACACAAUGGUUCCUCACACUCUUCGCCUACCGUUUCCCUCUACAACUCGUUCUUCGCGUGUACGAUCUCGUUCUCAGCGAAGGCCUUGGUGCCAUUCUAAAGUUCGGUAUCGCACUUAUGCAACGAAACGCUCAGACCUUGCUCGGAAUGAAGGAUAUGGUCCAACUAUCUACUCACCUCAAGGAACGUCUCUUCGAUGUAUACAUCGAUAAGUCACCUUCUGCUACCUCCAUCUUGGAAUCUGGCUUUUUCGGCUCUACCUCAGGGUCGGACAAGGAAGUCUAUCGCGCAGAUGAACUCGUCCGAGAUGCUUGUGCCGUUGUCAUUACCCCCGAAACACUCGCCGCCUAUACCUCAGAGUUCGAAGAGAAAUCCCGCGCCGAGAGGGACCGCGAAAUCGAACUGGAGUCACUCAGAAACGAAAACGCAAACCUCAGCACAAGAGUGAGAAAACUGGAAUUACGCACCCAGCAAUCCGAUGCCGAGCACGUGGACCUGGCUUCUUCUCUCGUACGCACGAAAGUAGAGAACGACUCUCUGUUAGACGAAAACGAAAGUCUAAAGAUGCAAGUCGAGGAACUGAGAAAGAUGGUCGACAAGCAACCGCAAGAAGUUGAAGACCGCUUGAAAGGUGAAAUGGAUAAAAUCAUGGCGAGAAAUAUUGAAGUUCAAGAUAGUAAUCGUGGACUUGAGGAGCAGGUGCAAGAAAUGGAGCAGGAGUUGGUGGGGACGAAGAUGAUGUAUGCACAGUUGAAUGCCGAACACGAUGCCCUCAAGCAAAAACUGAGGGAUAUCCAGAAUAUGCUGGCGAGCACCGAUGAGCAGAAGUAA